GACUCGGACGUGACGAGUGAUAACCACAACAAACAAACCUCUUUGCUGGAGGGUGUAACACCAUCACUAGCAAUUUUCCCUCUCUUCUCUUCUUUUUUAUUAUCCUCACAACCCUAACCUCUCCCCCACAAUCCUCACUCUCUCUCUAACACCGCGUUCUUCUGCACGAUCCAAACAAACCCUAAACCUUUCGCGAGUCUCCGAAAAACCUCAGAGACUCUUGAUUUUCCCUCCGAUUCCUCGAUGGAGCCUCCCGUCGCAAGAUCCAGAGGUCGCCCGCGGAAACGGAGAAGAGAAGAGGACGAAACCGUCGCCGCCGAUCCGAAAUCGCUCCUCGAAGCGAAGAAGACGCUACCGAUAGCAUUGGUUGGACGAUACGUUUUGAAAGAGUUCCGCAGAAACACUGUUCUUCUCGGUAAAGUCGUGCGUUACGAGCGCGGAUUGUACAGAGUCGUGUACGAGAGUGGCGGUUGCGAGGAUUUAGGUAGCACCGAGAUUCGUAGGAUACUUCUCCUUGACAGUUAUUUCGACGAUGAUUUGACUCGGAGGAAGGUUGAAUUAGAUGAAUCAGUGUUGCCGAAGAUCGCAGAGGAACCGGAGAAAGGUUCGAGCGAAUUGCGCGGUGAUUUAUUGGUUGAGAACGAAGAGGAACGAGACGAAAAGGACGGUGAUGACUCGUCCGGCGAGGCUAGGGAUUCGAGUUCCGAUGCGGAAACGUUGAUACCGUCGCCGCCGCAGCUGCCGCGGUCUUCCGGAACAAUUGGAGUGCCGGAACCGUUCGUUUUGAAUCUCUUUUCAGUUUACGGAUUUCUGCGAUCAUUCAGCAUUCGCCUGUUUCUGAGUCCGUUUACUUUGGACGAGUUUGUCGGUUCUCUUAACUGUAAAGUUUCGAACACGUUGCUUGAUGCAAUUCACGUGUCGCUGAUGCGUGUUUUGAGACGUCACCUUGAAAACAUUUCAGCAGAUGGCUCGCCGCGUGCAUCAAAAUGCCUCAGGUGCAGUGAUUGGAGCUUGCUUGAUGCUUUGACUUGGCCUGUUUUUGUAUUUCAGUAUUUAGCAAUUUAUGGAUACACAAAAGGACCUGAGUGGAAAGGAUUUUAUGAUGAAAUUUUUUAUGGCGAGUAUUAUUUAUUGCCUGCAAGUAGGAAGUUGAUGAUAUUGCAAAUUCUUUGUGAUGAUGUUUUGGCGUCUGAGGAGCUAAAAGCUGAAAUGAACAUGCGUGAAGAAUCAGAGGUUGGGAUGGAUUAUGAUAAUGAAGAUAUCCUUCCUGCUGAAAAUGGGCCAAAAAGAGUCCAUCCAAGAUAUUCCAAAACUACUGCCUGCAAGGAUAGUGAAACAAAGAAGUAUGUUUCAGAAUUGAAUUCUAAGAAUCUUCCCAGUAACUCUAUUACACAUUUCAGAGAUACUGAAACUACCGAUGAAGGUGAUGUUGAUGGAAAUGGAGAUGAAUGUCGCCUAUGUGGCAUGGAUGGGACCUUGCUUUGUUGUGAUGGUUGUCCUGCUGUUUAUCAUUCAAGAUGUAUUGGUGUGAUGAAGAUGUAUAUACCAGAAGGGGCAUGGUAUUGUCCGGAGUGCAAAAUAAAUAUGAUCGGGCCUAUAGUUGCGCGGGGUACAGCACUUAAAGGAGCUGAAGUAUUUGGAAAAGAUUUGUAUGGACAAGUUUUCAUGGGUACUUGCAACCACUUAUUGGUGCUCAAUGUCAACAGUGAUGAAUUUUGUCUUAAAUACUACAAUCAGAAUGACAUUCCUGAAGUUCUACAAGUGCUUCUUGCAUCAUUGCAACACAGACCAAUAUAUAAUGAUCUUUGCAUGGCAGUGUUACAAUAUUGGAAUAUUCCUGAAAGCUUCUUACCCCUUUGUGUCACAACCGGACCACACGUAAACUCAACAAAUACAAAGACAGAUAUGAACAUCUCUACUGCAUUUCUCCAUCCUAUGGUCGAAGAAGACCAUAAAGCUGUUAGUUUAGUGAAGCCAGAACACAGUUUAACCCUUGCAAAUGGGAUUUGUAGUGAUAAUACGGUGACAUCAUUGGUUACCAGUCAAAGUUCUGUUCCUGGAAGCAGUGGCAUUUCAAGAACUAAGGACUCCUCUACUGUGAAUUUGAAGCUUCAUGACGAAACUACAAUGGAUUCAGUUGUUUCGACUGUUAACCAUCAAUCUGACCCAAAGUACCAAAAUUCUGUUGAUAUGUCAGCUGCAGUAGGUCCUUCCAGGUGCUCCAUGGUAAGCAGCCAAUUUAAUAAUGAUGGGCACAUAAAUGGCACAGGACUGCCUACGAAAUUGUCGUCGCAAACUAGAGGUGACCAAGCUGCUUUUGGGAAGUGCAAAGGCAGUUUAACCAAUGAUUUUGUGUACAUGGGUUGUUCCUAUAAACCACAGUCAUACACUAAUUACUAUAUGCAUGGUGAUUUUGCUGCAUCCGCUGCUGCUAACUUGGCCGUUCUUUCUUCAGAGGAUUCUAGAUCAGAGGGUCAUGUGUCUGACAACUUGGGGAAAGCAACAUCUGGAAACACUUAUUUGCUAGCAAAAGCAUUCUCACUAACGGCUUCACGCUUCUUUUGGCCAAGUUCCGAAAAGAAGCUUGUGGAGGUACCAAGAGAGAGGUGUGGCUGGUGCAUUUCUUGUAAAGCCUUUGUUUCUAGCAAGAAAGGAUGCAUGCUAAAUCAUGCUGCUCUAAGCGCCACCAAAAAUGCAAUGAAAAUCCUUUCUGGUCUUGCUCCUGUCAGGAGUGGAGAAGGAAUCAUCCCUAGCAUUGCAACAUAUAUUAUAUAUAUGGAGGAAAGUUUACGUGGAUUAAUAGUUGGGCCCUUUCUAAGUGAAUACUGUAGAAAGCAAUGGCGUAAACAAGUGGAACGAGCCACAUCAUUUGGUGAUUUAAAGCCCCUUUUACUCAAACUUGAGGAGAACAUUCGAACAAUUGCCUUAUGUGGGGAGUGGGUGAAGUUGGUGGAUGAUUGGUUGGCUGAAUUUUCUACUAUGCAAACUACUGCAUGUACUCUUGGAACAACACAGAAACGUGCAACAUGCGGGAGGCAUAAGAAACAGUUAUCUAUAAAUAAAGUUACAGCCGUUGGUUGUCAUGAAAAUUUUACAUGGUGGCAUGGUGGGAAAUUUACCAAAUCUGUAUUUCAGAAAGCUGUUUUGCCAAAAUCCAUGGUCAGAAAAGCAGCCCGCCAAGGUGGUUCCAGGAAAAUUUUGGGUGUAUUCUAUGCUGAUGGCUCUGAGAUUCCCAAACGAAGCAGACAGCUAGUUUGGAGAGCUGCAGUUCAAAUGAGUAGGAAUGCAUCACAGCUGGCACUUCAGGUUCGGUAUCUAGAUUUUCAUAUCAGAUGGAGUGAUCUGAUUCGUCCUGAGCAUAACCUCCAGGAUGGGAAAGGUCAAGAUACUGAAGCUUCUGCUUUUAGGAAUGCAAAUAUUCGUGAUAAAAAAAUUGUAGAGGGCAAAAUUUUUUACAGAGUAGCCUUUGGGAGUCAAAAGCAUCUUCCUUCUCGGGUAAUGAAAAAUGUUGAAAUAGAGCAAGGUCCUGAAGGAAAGGAAAAAUAUUGGUUUUCCGAAAUGCGCAUUCCUUUGUAUUUGGUAAAAGAGUAUGAAGUACGCAAUGGAAAAGUGCUCCCUGAUAAAGAGUACCUGCAUACAUUUCAGUUGCACAAAAGGCGUUAUAAAGCUACCUACAAGGACAUAUUUUUUUACCUUACCUGCAAGAGAGACAAAUUGGACAUGUUAUCUUGCUCUGCAUGUCAGCUGGGUGUUUUAAUUGGGAAUGCUCUCAAGUGCAGUGCCUGUCAAGGUUAUUGUCACAUGGGUUGUUCCAUAAGUUCAACAGUGUCUACAUGUGAAGAAGUUGAGUUCUUAGUCACAUGUAAACAAUGUCAUCAUGCCAAAUUACUUACCCAGAAAGAGUCCUGUAAUGAAUCUCCAACUAGUCCGUUACUCUUACAACGACAAGAACACAGUUCUAUGACAGAUUUGAAGGUUCCAAGGUCUAAAUGUAAUGGUCAAGGAUUGAUGUCCACUAGGAUGAAGAAUAGUCGACCUGAUAUGAAACAAGUUGCUUCUAAUUCCCUUUCGGAAACAAAAGGCCGUAGCAGAAAUUGUUCUUGGGGUAUUAUAUGGAAAAAGAAGAAUAUUGAAGAUACGGGCUUUGAUUUCAGGCUCAAGAACAUACUUCUGAAGGGAGGUUCAGGCCUGCCUCAAUUGGAGCCUGUUUGUCGCUUGUGCCAUAAACCAUAUAGGGCUGAUCUAAUGUAUAUUUGCUGUGAAACAUGCAAAUAUUGGUAUCAUGCUGAAGCUGUUGAACUUGAAGAGUCCAAACUUUUUGAUGUGCUGGGCUUCAAAUGUUGCAAGUGUCGCAGAAUAAAGUCGCCUGUGUGUCCGUACUCUGAUUUGUUGCUCAAGACGCAAGAGGGCAAGAAGUCACAGACCAGGGCUUCAAAGAAAGAGCACUUAGGGGCAGAUUCUGAUUCUGGUACGCCUAUUGACAUGAGAGCAUGUGAGCCUGCAACUCCUAUCUAUCCUGCAGAGGAUGUGUCGAGACAAGACAAUGAUCAUCUGCUUUUCUCCCUUUCAAAUGUUGAGCUGAUUACCGAACCCAAGUUAGAUGCAGAUGUUGAGGGUAAUACUGUCUCUGGUUCAGGGCAUCCGAAGUUACCUUUGAGAAGGCAGUUUAAACCUGAGAGUGAUUUUAGUGGUAAUCUUCAUGCUAGCAAUGAAAUGGUGUCCAAAUCUGUAAAAGAUUUAUCACCUUCUGUAGAAUAUGGCUCUGCUGACUGCAAUCUUCUUCUGAAUGGCUCUGAAAUUGUAAAAUAUGAAUUGGUAGAUGAUUUUGAGCCUCAUAAAUACUUCUCUCUGACUGGACGGCUCCGCUCAGAUAAUAAUAGUCAAUUUGAGGAAGCUAGUGCAUCUGGGGACUUCUCAGGAUAUUUGAAAAAUUCUUGUACAUUAGGUGUUCCUGAAGAAUGUAGGACUGUUAAUCUUGCAUCCAACUGUGGACCUACAAUUUCGUUACAAGAAAAUGUUAAUAAUUGUGAGCAAUGUUCAAAAAAGGAACCUGCCCCUGAUCUCUGUUGUGAGAUUUGUGGUAUUUGGAUUCACAGCCAAUGUUCACCUUGGGUUGAAUCACCACCUAGGCUUGGAAGUUGGAGAUGUGGUAAUUGCCGGGAAUGGAGAUAGCAUACAAAUUUUGACAGGCAAUUUUAGCAUUAAUCAUACAAGCUGGCUCAGUAUAUGUUUGCAUUGAUUGGUUCAGCUAUAUACCAUUGGCGCAGAACUUGGGAGCAAAUAUGUUGUGCGCUUUCAGAUGUUAAUUGGCUGGCAGCGGCAGGUUGCUAAGAAUUAUUUUACCGCUCAAAUGAUAUUGCGGCCUCCCUACGAUUGAUUGAUAGUCUUUGAGCAAUUUUGACUUGGACAGGUUCCCAACCUGCUGACAGAUUGGUUGAAUGAUCAGGAACCAUAUCGGUGUAUACUCCCUAGUUGCACUAUUGCACGAUUUAUAGAAAUUUGCUCUGAUCACGAGAGGAGGAUAAGCAGAUUUUAAUGUUGCUUAUCUGACACAAUUAUUUGUAUAGAUACACAUUUUUUUGGAGGUCGGUCAAAAUUGAAACCUUCACCUCGGAUCAUAGCUCAAGCUGUGACAUGCCUUGAGAGCUCCUCUUUCUGCCGGCCCCACCAAAAGUUAUUCUUUACCCUUACUGCUCUGUACAACCGCUUUCUUUCUGCUUAAUAUUCAUUCCCUAGGCGCCUCAGUAUUCUACUAGUAUACUAUUGAACAUAGGUUUUAUGAGUGAAGUGUUUAUCAUGAAUUUGAGAGAUGUUUGCAAUAUCAGUUGAAAUUUAUUAAAAAAAUUACAAAGGUCGUGUUAGGAGUCUUAGGACUUAGGAAGGUAUUGCUAGCACCGUGUUUAUUUUACGUUUAGUCUAUUACAGUGAAUGUUUGAAUUUAG